AUGGACGCUGCUGAGGUCCCCGAGUGCACCGACGUACUCAUCGUCGGCUGCGGACCGACGGGCGCGAUGCUUUCAGGGCUCCUGGGUCAAUUUGGAAUACAGAACAUCAUCGUCGAAAAACAACCAGCAAUCACGGACGAUCCUCGUGGCAUUACCCUUGACGAAGAUGGUAUCAGGAUACUCCAAGGACUUGGGCUUUACGAUAAGAUAUAUACCGAUAUUGGCACUUCGUUGGGAGUUGUCAAUUUCAUAACCAGCAGGAACAACUUGCAUGAGAGACCCUUUUUGCGAAUGGACAUGGAUACGACCGAAGGAGGUACGGGCCAUGUUGGAGCAAUAUCGCAUUGUCAGCCAAUCCUCGAGAAACAUCUCCGCCAAAUCAUAGCUUCGCACCCUUCGUCGCAGUUGAGAUGUUCGUCCACGGUGACUGAGAUCCACGAAGAUGAUAAGUGGGUGUACUGUCAAUAUGAGGGUGCAUCAGGUGCGCUGAAGACGAUCCGUUCGAAAUAUCUCGUAGGUUGCGACGGGAAGACUGGUUUUGUUCGCAAGUGUUAUAUGGAGCCCAAGGGAAUAACAAUGGACCCAAUAUCUUCUUUCGGCUACAACGAGACAUGGGUAGCAAUCAACCUUGAAGUCUUUCCUCCUACGCCUGAAUCUCAUCCGAAUCUUCCCGUUUGGGACCGAGGCUACUCUUCUGAGCAAGUCUAUGAUCUCUACUUUCCUAGAGACUUCAGGUUCAUCUGCAACGCCGAGCGACCUGCAGUUUGUGGAAGGUUUGGAAAUGGACAACGCCGGCUAUGGCGCUUUGAGUUUGUAGUCAGACGAGGCGAAGAUGCCGCAACUAUGGCCGAGAUCGAAAAUGCCAUGGAUAUUGUGCAUCCAUAUCUGACUCUACCUGGAUCAAGCUUCGGCGUUCCAGAAUUCGAAGUCAAAUUCCCAUUCGAUUGCAUCAAUAUACUGCGCUGCAGACCUUUCGCCUUCUCGGCGCGGACUUGUAACAGAUGGGCUGCCGGCAGAGUCAUGCUGGCCGGUGAUGCUGCUCACGUCUUCCCGCCUUUUGGAGGCCAAGGCAUAGCAUCCGGAUUUCGCGAUGCUUCAGGUUUGGCGUGGCGGCUGGUCGUCGCAGUCAAGCACGACGUUGCUGAUCAUCACUUGCUCCUCUCAGGCUGGUACAGGGAGAGGCAGCAACAGCUCCAUGUGUCUUUGUCGACAACGGUUGCGAAUGGCAAACUGUGCACGGAGGGCAACACAUGGACCUUCGCAAUUCUGAAGCUAUAUUUUUGGCUGAUGCAAUUCGUACCACCGUGCAAGCGUCUGCUGGAGAAAGGUGAGCGAUUGAAAGGUAUGGUGCGGUAUCGCUGGCAGGAUGGAUUACACUUUGUCGACGAUGGCUUUGGAGGAAUGAGCUUGCCACAAGUAUACUGCGCUCAAAUUUCCCUGUCGGCAGCGGACGCAUCAGUUUUCUUGACAGACGACCUCAUUUUCCGGCAUGGAAAAAGAGGCAUAUUCCAACUCGUUGUUCUGCCUAGGACUAUCGAAGAGCUCAAGUUCAUUAAGCAUACGCUGGCGGACCUGGAUGUUCUAUCAGGAGGCUGCAUCAUCCGGAACGAGGCAACUUUCAUAAUCCAAACGUCAAAGGAGGUUCAUGUCCCAGACGAUAUCAGCAGCAACGUCUUUCGACUUGCAACAGCUGACGAAUUCGAACACACCAAGUCCUUAUGCCAGGGUAGACCUGCACCGCGGCAUUACGACAUGUUUCGACUGGGGAGUGACCUCUGUGGCAAGAGGUUUGUGGUCGUUCGCCCUGACCGCUUCGUUUAUGCGGCAUGUGAUACAGCAGAGCAAUUGCAAACGGUCUGCCUUGGUGUUGGUCGAACGGUGGGGUUAAGAUGA